AUGGUAACAUUGAUGGUAUCACUGUUCACAGGAAUGCCUCAAGUGGCAUGCCAGGAUCCUAAUAUUCAAUGUAAACAUGAUGAGCCUCCUCCUAUACAUUACACAUAUCAUCAGCUUGGAGACGUUAGCAUUGGUAGCAUCAUUUCUGUGAUCUCGCCAUUUUCUGAUACCCCUGAUUUCAGUCGACAUCCUUCUCAGGAGGUUCAAGAUGGAUUUAUAAUAUAUUAUCAAAGCUACCAGCACAUUCUUGCUUUAGUGUUUGCCAUCGAGGAGAUCAAUGAAAAUCCUCCUCAGAUGCUGCCCAAUAUCACGCUGGGCUUUCACAUCUACAAUAGCAAUUUUAGUCCAGGUUGGACUUACCUCGCUUCCAUGGGGCUUCCCUUCACCCAGGGCAGAUUCAUUCCUAACUACAAAUGUGGGGUGCCCAGAAAUCUGGCUGCUGUCGUUGUGGGCCCUGACAUCUGUCUCCAUGGUGCAACUAUUCUGAGCAUCUACAAAGUUCCUCAGGCACCACCUUGUUCUUUAUGUAACGAACCUUGUCAGGCAGGAUACAGCAAGGUCAAGAAAGAAGAGAAGUCAUUUUGCUGCUAUGAUUGUCUUCCAUGUCCAGAGGGGAAAAUAUCAAAGGAGAAGGACAUGGCUGAUUGCUGUCUGUGCCCAGAUGAUCAUUAUCCAAACCCUGAAAGAAAUGUAUGCCUUCCAAAGCAGAUUAGCUUUUUAUCCUAUGAAGAACCCCUGGGGAUCAGUCUUACUGCCCUUUCCCUUUGUUUUUGUUUUAAGACCAUUUUGGUGCUUAACAUUAUCAUUAAACAUAAAGAUACUCCCAUUGUCAAAGCCAAUAACCGGAAUCUCACCUACACGCUCCUUGUUUCUCUCCUACUUUCCUUCCUUUGUGUUUUUCUAUUUAUUGGGAGACCCAACAAAAUUCUGUGUCUCCUUCGUCAACCAGCAUUUGGGCUCAUCUUCUCUGUGGCAGUUUCUUGUAUAUUGUCCAAGACCUUUGUAGUGGUUCUAGCAUUUAUGGCCACCAAACCUGGCUCCAAAAUGAGGAAAUGGGUGGGUGGAAGAAUGGUCACUGUUAUUCUUUUUUCCUGCUCCCUUGUUCAAACCACUAUUUGCAUAGUAUGGUGGACAAUUUUUCCACCAUACCCAGAUGUUGAUAUGAAGUCAAUGUCUGAAGAAGUAAUCCUGGAGUGCAAUGAGGAAUCGAUCAUGUUCUACUGCGUUUUGGGAUUUAUGGGCCUCCUGGCUAUGAUCAGCUUCUCUGCUGCUUUUCUAGCUAGGAAGUUACCUGACAGUUUCAAUGAAGCCAAAUUCAUCACCUUCAGCAUGUUGGUUUUUUGCAGUGUUUGGCUUUGCUUUGUUCCAACUUAUUUAAGCACUAGGGGAAAAUAUAUGUUGGCUGUGGAGAUCUUCUCCAUGAUCUCCUCCAGUGCUGGAUUAUUAGUGUGUAUCUUUUUCCCCAAGUGUUUUAUCAUUGUAAUUAGACCUGAACUGAACGAUAAGCAUCAGUUAAUGAAAAGAAAAUCAUAA